UGAGAAAAAAAAACAUUUUUUAUUGUUUUAUACGGAUAAAAAUUACUAUAACAUAAAAAAGCAAAAGAAAAGCUAACCGUAUUAAACAUUUGAUUUAUAACAUGGUUUUAUAAUUAAGUUUUUUCCAAUUGAUAAUAGUUAACAAAAAAAGUGUAUAAUAACUAAGAAACAUAUAUUUGUAACUUUAAAAAUUCAUAAAAUUAUCAGAUUUAUAUAAUGUGGUAUUUGAUAGAUCCAGAUGGAGAUUAUAUCUAUUUAAAAGUAGACAGAGAAAUUAUAUUUGGUAGAAAGAAAGGUGAUAUAAUUUUGAAAAAUGAUGAAUCAAUCAGCAGAUUACAUGCUUCCAUUCGCAUCAAGGUUAAAGAAGUUAUAAGGGAAGAUAAAAUAACAUCUACAUGUAUAAUAACAGAUUUACAAUCAAAGUAUGGUACAUUUAUCUUCCGUGAAUAUGAAAUGAUAGAAGUAACUCAAGAUGGAUAUAAUCUACAACACAAAGAUAAAAUAAGAUUUGGUUUGCAAGAUAAUUUAUUUACGGUAGUAUAUAUACCUUUAAUAACAUUGGUGUCUACCUUAAAUCAAGAUGAUAGGAAAAAACUUGAAUGUUUGAUGGAUGAAAUUGAUGGUGCUGUUUUAUAUGAUUGGUUAAGCAUAUGUACACAUUUAACAGUAUCAAAAGCUAAAUUAACUGAAAAGGUUACUUGUGCUAUGGCUUAUGCAAUACCAAUAAUAACUAUGGAUUAUUGGGAUGCAGUUAAAAUUGCAAUAGAUAAUGGUCAAGAUCUUCCAGAAAUUGAAAAUUUCGUUCCACCAAUUGGUGAAUCAUUAAUUAAUAAACAAAAAUUAUCUCUUUUCCCAAAUAUAAACAGAACAAAAUUAUUUAAAGACUUAAUAUUCAUACAUUUCAGUACAAUUCAAUUUAAAAUAUAUAAAAAAAUUAUAAAGAUGGCAGGUGGCACAUCACAUUUAUACUCAAAAAAAAAUUGGUCAGUGGAAGAACUUUGUGCGCCAAAUAUUGUUGUAUUACAAUAUUCUGAUAAUGAAUCGACACAAUUAACACAAAAUGUUUCAUCUGAAUAUGAUUUAAUAUAUAAUGCAUUACGAGCAGAUAAACGUAAAAUGGUAUCAGAAGCUGAAAUACCUUUAGCUAUAUUACACUGUUCCCUACAAAAAUAUUGCAAUCCAGCAUAUAAAUUUGGAAAGCUCUUAAAAAGAUUAAAACCAAAAUGUGACUCAUCUAAAAUUCUAAAUCUUGAUACACAAGAUGUAGUAUCUAAUGUGAAAAUAUUACCAAAAAUAAUUUCUAAUAUUUCAAUAAACACAGAUUUAUCUAUUGAAAAAUCUAAACAUACAAUAAAAAUUAUUCCUGAUUCAUGUAAUGAUUUGAAAAAUCAAGAAUUAUUAAAUGUAGAUUUUAAACAAUCUGUCAAAGAAAUAAAAUAUAAUAAAUCACAAUACAUAAAAGAAACAAAUACUUCUGAUGAUAAUAAAAUAUUCAUGAAAACAGAUUUAAAUAUCCAAGAUGAUAAAUGUAUAACAAAAAUUAUUUCCGAAUCAUCAGAUGAUUUUAAUAGUCAAGAAUCAUCAAAUGAGGAUUUUAAUAAUACAUCUGUAAAGGAGUUAAAAUGUAAUGAACUACAAUGUAUAAAAGAAUUAAAAGAUAUUUUUAGUGACACUCCAACAAUAAAUAAAAAUAUAAAAAUGCAAUCUAAACAAAAUAUAAUUAAUAUUCCUAAAACGAAUCGAAAUAUUAUUUCCGAAUCAUCAUCUUUUUUAAAUAUAUUAACAAAAAGUACACAACAUUUUAUGCAGAGUGAAAAUUUACAGAUAAAAAAAAAUGAAAAUAUACAAAAAUUUGAAGAAUUCAAAAAUUCAGUAAUCAAUAAAAAAAUAAAAUUAAAUGAAGUAAAUUCUGAAAGAGAAAACUUUUUAAGAAAUUCUGAAUUAAAAGAAAUUAAAUCAAAUAUAAAUAAUUAUCAAAAUUUUACCCAAAUUCUUACAGAUAAUAAAUCAGAUGAUAUAUUUGAAAUAAAUAAUUCAAAAGAUGAAAAUAUGGAAAUACAAGUUGUAAAACCAUGCAAAAAUUAUUUUCAUACAGAUAUAAAUGAUAAAAAUUGCAAAAUAAUACAAACAUCAGAAAAAAAUCGAAAAAGAUCUAAGAAAACAUGUAAAAUAUUUAAUGAAUAUGAUAUUGAUGAAGAAUUCACUGUAUCUAUUAGAAAAAAAUUAUGUUUAGAAAAUGCAAAUGUAGAAUUAAUUAUGUUCAAUGGAGAACAAAAGAAUUCUAACACUUUAACAAAAUUUCAUUCAUCAUUUCUUCGAAAUCAUUUCCAUGGUAAAACAUUUAAAAAGGUUUAUAACUUAAUACCUAAGAAAAGGAUAACUUUAGAUGAUAUGUACGUAUGGAAUAAAUGUGAUAUUACAAAUAUUUAAUAAGAUAUUUCAAAAUAUUAGAAUUACAUCUAGAAAUU